AUGUUAGUUAUGAUUAAUGCAACGGAUAAUCCAUGGAUGGUAGCUUUAUUACUGUUUGUACAAGUAGUAAUGCCAUUGCUACAAAAUAAUGCUGCAGAUAAUGAAGGUGCAUCUUUGGCACUGAAUGUAGCGAUUCUUUUUCUGCUUGGCCUUUCGCUCAUGACCUUUUGGAAGGCCGCACGCUUCUGUUGCGUUCUCUACCAAUUAUGGGGACGGCAUCUUGAAAUGGGUUGGGUAGCCUUCUUUCGAGAGGCGUAUAUGCAAGUGUCGGCGGUAGGAGAUCAGCAUGGAGCAAACAAUCAGAAUGGAGCGGCACAGGAAGAAGCACGAUCUGAGACGUUCAACCGCACAUUGCGUACUAUACAAGUAAUGCCUACGGAAGAAUUUAAGACGCCGGAGGAGCUCAAGGAAGCUAGUAUUGCCGAAUUAAAACAACGGCUUGAGCGUCGUGACGUGGACUUUACUGGUUGCGUGGAGCGUCAGGAACUGGUAGAGCUUUUGGUAAAGUACAGAGGUGGACCUUCCAAUAACAACACUUGUUGUAUCUGCUGUGACGAAUACCAAACGGGCGAUGUACUGCGUUUGCUCCGCAAGUGUAAGCACGAAUUCCAUCUCGAAUGUCUGGACAAGUGGGCGUUUACUUCUGUGCACUCACAACGCGCACCAUCCUGCCCACUUUGUAAUCAAGAUUUGGAGUAG